CACUUGACAGCUGAUUGUCUCGCGAGCGAGGCUUGCUUCUAGAGUUCUACAAAGAAAGUUAUUGCAAAACUUUACGUGCAAGUGUUUUAGUUUGUAAGCAGACGGAAUAAUGGAAAAGCCGACAGUUACCGUGACUGACCAGCCUCCACCGUACUCCGCCGCGGUGCCAGGCGCCCCCCCGCAGCCGCAGCCGGCCGGCGCGCCGUACCCGCCGCCGCCGCCCGGCUACACGCCGUACGGCGCCGCGCCCCCCAACACCACGUACCUGCCCAACUAUGGCGCCACCACGGUUAUCAUACCGCCACAGAUAAUCGCGGUGAACGCGUGCCCGGCGUGCCGCGUGGGCAUCCUGGAGGACGACUUCACGUGCCUCGGCAUCCUGUGCGCCAUCUUCUUCUUCCCGCUCGGCAUCCUCUGCUGCCUGGCGCUCAAGAACCGCCGCUGCUCCAACUGCGGGGCCAUAUUCGGCUAAUGGGGUUCCCACUGAGGGGUCUGCCGAGAGAACAAAAAUUGGUUUAUCUGCCACUUGAAUGCUUUAAUAAGGCGUAAUAAAAAUAGUUGGGAAUCUUUUUAAGGGCAUAUUGGGUCUCGUUCAGAUUAGGAAACAGUACAAAUAUUUUUUUGCCGGUGAUUAAGGGUGUCCCCAAACCUAUCGACGCAGCGACCUAGCAUCUUCUCAGACACGCGACGUCUUCAUACUAACGAGGGACUUUUGGUCGACUAGAGCCGAUUCCGCGUCGAUAAGUUUGGGAAAACCCUGAGUCUCCUUACAAAGGUAAAGAGUUCGUCAACUUUUUCCUAAUCAGUAAACGGAACUGAAUAUUUACUGAGUCCUCACUAUUUUUGUUACAUCUUAAGUAUAAAGUGAAGGCAGGCAAAGAAAUUUUGAUUUUCGCGGGGGGCCUCUGGUUUGGAAAUUUGACAACGACGAAUGUAGUUAAAGAAUUUCGGAGUAGGUAUAGUCCGUCAAUCAAGUUUGUCAGUAGAAAAGUCGCUUUUUUCUUCUGACAAAUAUGAUUUGACAGACUAUAAAUACGUAGUGAAUUUGCUAAAAAAGUUAAAAUCGGAUCGAGAUAUGCAGGCAAUUCGAAAAUAAGGCCUGAAAUUAUACAACCAAACACGAUCCGUCCAGUGUCCCUGCGAUUAAAAUAUUCAUCUUUUUUGCCAACUGUACCAACAUAAUUAAUUUGACAUUUUAAUAUUUUCCAUCACCUUUUUUGCAUAAAGGGACAACAUGUAAACUAGAAUUGCAUUCCACGAUUUAUUUAACUGAAUUUUCAACAUGACGUACAAAAUUGGAAUGAAAAAUGAAAGCCUUGCUGCAAGUAGGUGCCUGCCUACUUACUUGUAGCUUGUAGGCUGACUUACUUGCAAAGUAUACAAAAAAUGAAGUCUGUGACUUGUAAUAUAGAAUGAGAAAACUGAGCAAUUAAUUUUGUGAUAUUGAUGGUUAGGCGAGGUUGAAGUUUUUGAGGCGGCUUUAUGCCAUUACUGACAGGUAUUGGGGUACCUUCAAAGCGGGGAAAAGCUAAGCCAAUUUUGGUAUGCAAUAAACGUAGAGAAAGAGUUGCGUAAAGGCAGUUUUAAUGAAACCAGCUUUACGCAAUGUCUUACAGGCUCCUAAAGUAGGGCUUGAUCUGCCCCUCCAGCACAACUUGCCUUGUCGCGCGCUAUUCCAUACUUGAAGUCGCGCUGGAUGUAUGGACUCGCGCGCGACAAGGCAAGUUGUGCUAAAGGGUCUGUUGGUAACUGAAAAUACUUCAGCGUAACCUACUCUACAAAUAUUUUCAUGUAUUCUGUCAAGUUUAGUUGUAAGUCUUUGAAUUAUUUUAAUAUGGAUAAUUUAGACGUGUGAGCAAUAUCUUCAAUUAGUCGUAAUUAAAUUGGUUUGCUACUUUCUAAGUGUAUUAAAUAAUUUGUGUAUUAAAAGUUAUAUUUGAUUCCAGUUUUAAAA